UAUAAAAAACACCUUUACAAAUUAAGCUCCUAAAAUGGUCAAGACACCUGUUAUUGCCAUCCACAUCAUUUAAUGUUUCAGUUUGACAUAUACUUCAAAACCGCUGUGGGAUAGACAGAGGCAAAUGUUACACUUCGCCCUGAUAUUUUGCUCGUUAAGGGGGAUUUUACAGGUGAAAUCUGGCAAUCUCGCAACACACUUGGAUCGGAGAACGGGGUCCACUGAUCCACGCGAAUGAAUCGCAAUCCUAUCGUAAACAAAACUUAUUUAAAUUAAUACAUAUGCCCGAUAUAUAUAAAUUGCCGUUGCUGUGUUUUGCAGUUACUUUUAUUCCGUGAUAUAAAAGUCCACCGUUUGAGAUCUGUCUGAUGAAAGUCGUUCCGAAACUGUGUAACAUACCGGUAUCGUAAACUACUCACCAUGACUCAUAAUGAGUAACACCACGUUGCGAUGCGAGGUAAAGUCUGGGCGGCUGUGACACAAGCUUUUAAACUGCCAAUGGCUCUCAUAAGGCGGAUGAUAACAAAACUGAUCAAUCGAGUGUUGAUGAGCAGGCUGCCAUCGCCGAAGAUGGCUGGUCAAACGAUAGUUGACUGUAAUAGAAGGAAAAUGGUUGUUGGGCUGGGAAACCCUGGCAUGAAUGGCUCUCGACAUAGUGUUGGUAUGGCUGUGCUCACAACGUUAGCUGAACGUUUGGGAGCGCCGGAUAGCUGGAGAUCUGACCGACAGGUUUCAGGAGAGGUCAUUGUGACAAAUCUUCAAGAUAUCCAGUUGGUUCUUCUUCGACCCAAGUUGCUAAUGAACGUCAAUGGUGUGAGUGUGGCAAAAGCUGCCAGCAAAUAUUUAAUUUCACCCGAACAUAUUCUCUUGAUUCACGAUGAGCUUGACAAACCACUUGGAAAGUUCGGCAUUAAACAUGGUGGAAGUGCAAGGGGUCACAAUGGUGUGAGAUCAUGUGUGGACUGCCUUCAUACUGAUAUGAUGCCACGGUUGCGUAUUGGUAUUGGGCGGCCAUCGGGUAAAACGCCAGUUGACCGUUAUGUUUUGGGACGUUUUUCACAAGAGGAACAAAAUGUUCUAGACUCUGUCAUGAAGCAGAGUGUAGAUGUUCUGCUGACAUAUAUCACAGACUCGCAACCCCAGACUUCUCCAGCAGAGGGAAGAAGAGCGUCACAUAAGAAUAAAUCCAGGACGCUUUCACCACCUCAGGACACCACAGAAGAGCAGAAACAGAGCUGACCUACACAUGAGAUGUUUGAUAACUGUAUUUCUUUUCUGAAGGAGUUGAGUUUUAUGAUGCCAUGUUUAGAUCCCCAGAAGAGGGAAGGAAACUGUCAUAAAGGACAAAACCAAAAUUGACAUCAAUGCAUAGUCAUUUUUGAUAACUCUGUACUGAAGGAGUUGAGCUUUGUUAGGUCUCUUCCAUAUUUUGAAGUUCAGUAUAUUGGGAGGCAGCAGCCUGCAUGUUAUGCUCUAUUAUAGUAUCUAAAACAGGUUUUCCCAAAUUUGGAUUUGCAAACCCCUAGAGGUUUCUGGAGGAAAUGCAGAAGAUUCAAUAAAUUAGAAAUGCCAAUGCAGUAUUGAAGUAAAAAUGUAUAUGGCUUUAAAAAAAAAACAUGUAAAAUGGAUUAAAAUAAAACAACCAUAAGUAAAUAAACAACAGAAAUUUGGCAUGUAAGGAAAAAUUCUGUAUACUUUGAAAGGUUACAUCAUCAUAUUACAUCAAAUAUCAGAGUGUUUAUGUAAAUAACUUUUUUCAUAGGUGUCAAUUUAGCAAAACAGUUUGGAAACCCCUGGUUUAAAACCUGGACGACACUGACCUCACUAUGAUCCUCUAGUGUCAUUUCAUGUGAUUGGGUGUUUUUUGAAAUUCAUUCAAUGCACUAUAUUGUGGUGUUUUCCUCACGAUGUUCAACGAGAGGUUUCCAAACACUUCAAACAUUUCUGAUAUUCAGAGAACCGUGUUACUUCAGAAAUGUGUGCUUGAAUGUUUAAUAUAAGAAUGCACCAAAAAUCUGUUGUUAAAUCGUUUUUUUUGUUCCUUCUUUUAUAAGUCGCUAUGGAUCAAAGUGUCUUCGGCUAAACGCAGAAAUGUAAAAGUAUUUUAAACUUGCCAAAAAAAAAAAGGGUUUUAAAAUAAAUAUGACGUAAAAUAAAUAUUUCAGAUUCUAGGUAACAAAUAAGUAAAUUAUGUCAUGGAUCAUGUGGCUCUUUAUCCAGACAUUUAGAUGUUCUUCCAUUGAAGCUCAAGAUGUUCUUUGGAUCAUCUCAAACCAUGCCGGAGAACAAACCUGUUGAGUUCAUGUAGGU